CCCCGCGGCCGCAGCAACUCCAUCCCCCCGGCGCAGACCCCCACGGCCAAGCACAUGCUGGCCUACCUGCCCCGGCCGCCCACCGACACCAGCCGGUACGGCACCUUCCCCCAGAAGCCCGAUCUCCCGGCCGUCCCCGGGGUUCUGCUGAAGGACGGCGGGCAGCAAGCCGCCGCCACUGCUGCCAAGAGAGGCGCCCCGAUGCCAAACUGCCCAUCUGCACCCCGUCACAGCGGCUUUGUCACCGGUGAGCCGUCAGGGCCGCCGAGCCGCGGGAGCCUGAGCACCCAGCAGCACCGUGGCCGGCCGUCCUGGUGCCCACCGCCUGCCCCACAAGAGGGUGUGCCCCGCUUGUAUCCCCUGCACGCCCUGAGCGUGGCCAACAUCCCCAACUCGUCACGCGGCAAGACCUCCGCCCGCAGCUCCACCAACCCCACCCCGGAGGGGCUGCAGAGCCGGCGCUGCAAGCUGCUGGAGGAGGACAGCCCGAUGGUCCAGGCCGGCAAGCGGCAGCGGCAGCGCUAUGUGACAAAAGUGGGCAAGUGCCAGGUGAAUCUGGGCAACAUCCAGGACAAGAAGAGGUUCCUCUCAGACAUCUUCACCACCAUUGUAGACCUCAAGUACCGCUGGUUCCUCUUCGUCUUCAUGAUGUGCUACAUCAUCACCUGGGUGGUCUUUGGCUUCAUCUACUUUUUUGAUGCCUGGGUGCGGGGUGACAUUGGGCACCAGGGCGAUCCCGAGUGGCAGGCGUGCAUCGAGAACGUGGAUGGCUUUGUCUCUGCCUUGCUCCUCUCAGUGGAAAGCCAGCGGACCAUUGGCUACGGCACUCGGAUGGUGACAGCCAACUGUGCCGAGGGCGUCAUCCUGUUGAUGGCACAGUCCAUCGUCGGCUCCAUGAUCGAUGCCAUGAUGGUGGGCUGCAUGUUCGUUAAGAUCUCCCGGCCCAAGAAGCGUGCCCAGACCCUCAUCUUCAGCAAGAACUGUGUCAUCUCCCGCCGGGACGAGAAGCUCUGCCUGAUGUUUCGUGUGGGGGACCUGCGGGAAAGCCACAUGGUGGAUGCCAAGAUCCGGGCAAAGCUGAUCAAGUCCCGUCAGACAGCCGAGGGGGAGUUCAUCCCCCUGGAGCAGUCAGAGUUGAACCUGGGCUAUGACACAGGGGAGGACCGUCUAUUCCUGGUGGAGCCCCAGAUCAUCUGCCACGUCAUCAACCGUCACAGCCCUUUCUGGGACAUGUCAGCGGAGUCACUGCGCCGGGAGCAGUUUGAAAUCAUCAUCAUCCUCGAGGGCAUCGUGGAAGCCACAGGAAUGACGUGCCAAGCCCGCACCUCCUACACGGAGGACGAGAUCCUCUGGGGAUAUCGCUUCGAGCCCUGCAUGUCCCUGGAGAAAGGCGCCUUCCAGGUGGACUACAGCCGCUUUGAGAUGACCUUUGAGGUGCAGACGCCGGCGGCCAGCGCCAAGGAGCUGCACGAGCUGAAGGAGCUGGAGCAGCAGGAACACUCCACGCUCAGCCUCUACUGGGAUCACCUCCUGCAGCCCUGCGCGCUGCCGGGACCCGGCGAGGACGCGCUGGUGGGGAUGAGCGUCCCCGGCAGCGUGGCUGAGGGCAUCCGGGAUGAGCCGGAGCGGGAAUUCCCUGCCUGA